AUGGAAGUUAUUUCAUCAAAACGAUCCAUUUUAUUGACUUUAGCCACUUCAAGCUUGUUAACAUCAAACAUCUAUGCAGAUGAAUUAAUGAUGUGCAAUCUUCACAGCAAAGAAAAUGAUGACAAGUGUUCUGAAGAUAGAGGAAACCUUAAAGGGGAAAAGAAAAGAAGUUUCCGUUUUGAAGAAUUAAAAGUUUGGGGUCCAAAACACGUCAUGAAGAUGAGCACACCUGCAGUCAACAAAAACUUGCCCUUGUGACCUGGGAGGCCCACGGAAGAAGCAAGCACUGGGGCAAUGGCCACCCCGCCUCUGAGAUUUGGAAGAAACAGAAAGGAAAGCAUCAGACGUGUUCCUAAUCUGCCACAGAGGUUUGGGAGAACAACAGCCAAAAAUGUGACCGAGACACUGAGUGAUGUGCUCCAAAGACCCAUGCACUCACCAUCUGUCAAUGAGCUGCUUUAGGCUCUGUCCUGUCAGCCCCCAGAAAUCCAGAAUCCUGAUCAAAAACACCCAAGGUAG